GUUAAGGCAACGGCCGGGCAGAAGUGCGCAUUUCUAUUUGAUUUAUUCGGGUUUUCUUUGAUGUUCUAUGAAUGCAUUAAUCAGUUACUUACUUUUGAUCCGUAGUUACGCUGGUUGACGGGAGAAUGACCUAACCGGAGUAGGGUUCCGUAGUGUCUCUACUUAUUCUUUCCUCGAGUAACAAUAAACCUGACAAUAUCUAGGACUUUACCACAAUAAACGAUACCACAACACCAUGCCUGGAAUGAUGGGCGACAAUCAAUCUCCGGAGGAGGCAUCUGAUCCCAUAACCCCAACCAUGCAGCCCGAAAGCAUGGCCUCCAAAGCACGCCAAUCCGCCAGCAGCGUCGCGGAGCGUAUCGCCGCGCCUUUGCAGCCGGGCGAUACAACGCCAACCACCCGCCGUAUGUCCGAUACACCCUCUACCAGCCGUGCUCACGGCGAAGGCAGCGGCGUGGAUGUCGGCGAGGGCUGGAGCGACGUGCAGGCGCAGAAACAGGAGGAUAAGGGCAUGUUGCAGUCUGCGCAGGAGAUGGUUGCGAAGGCGCUGGGGGGUGGGUCGCGUGGAUCUAGUUAAUUAGUGCUAGGUAGGAAUAAAGCAUCCUUGGGAAUAG